UGACUGUGUGAUUCCUUACUGAAGCCGUGCAUAACCUGAUACUGAGUCUGUGUUUUAUGAAAUGGGGGAUUUUUGGAAGUGGUUGACAUUUUAAAUACGCCUGAAUAGCCUACAAAAUGGCGACAGAGGAUGAAGAGUAGCAGAGCAUUGUGUUUGUAGAGAAGGAAACAACUACGCUUGUGAGAUUUAAGACGGCUAUUUUUAUUAACCAAAUGUAACUGUAAUAAUUCACAGGGUGUCUCCUUAAUAUGAUAAAAUGGGUGAUAAAUCUCUGGUGAUAUAAUGACUCCUCAGUCAUUGUUUUCCGUCAUGCUCCUGGUCUCAGCAGGACUAUGUGAGCGGCCACCCCAAAUUAACUCUACUAGAUUUAUUCACAUGUUAACAUGGGACGAAGGGCCAAACUCAACUAAUGGGCUGUGUUACACCGUAAAGUAUCGCAUUCUGAAUCCUGCCGUGUCGAAGACAGUAUCAGGAUGUGAGUGUGUACUUCUCCCUAUCACAUGUAACCUGACAGAGGCUUUCUCAGAUGUUAAUGCGUCAUAUUAUACAGAGAUUAUUUCCAUCUUGGGAAAUUAUACAAAGACGUUGAAUUCCUUCAUACCAAAGGAAGACACUUUUCUGGACCCUCCUCUGCUUUUCUUGUCAAGCCAUGUGGACUCAAUGCAUGUGAACCUGAAACCUCCAUAUGAUUCUCUACUCUCUGUAUAUGAAAUGUUCACCUACACACUGACCAUCGUCAGCACCAAAAAUGGAUUUCAGUUUUCCAAGGACACCACAGGACUAAAGGUUUCAGUCCUUCCCAACUUGCAGCCAGACACAAAGUACUGUGUGACAGUCAGUAUAAAAGAUAGGAAGAAUACCUACAAUCGCACUCAGUGUGACAGUACCGCAUUGUUGUACAAUCCAGAGAAACAGAUUGCAAAUGUCGUCUUUUUUUUGAUGCUUUUUCCUUUGGUUUUCAUCGGCAAAUAUUUUUGCACAAGGUUCUUCUCAAAAUCACCUCUCCCAAAUGUACUGAAAUCUGUAAAAUCCCAUGAUGUGCUCCUGUUUUCCUCGGGUUAUGAUAUACCAGUGUUUUCAAAGGUAUUUGUAAAAGAUUCAAUAAGCACUAUUAGCCAAAGCAAGAAUGAUAAGGAAAAGAGUAAUGAGGAAGACAAUAGUGAGCAGGCAGUGACGGGGACAAAGAAGAGCAUUGGAAACUAUGAAAGGUGGACUGAACAGAUGGACCGUUGUGCCCAUAUCACAGACAACUCUUCUUCCACUUUGCUUCCAGUUUCUCCUCCUUCAAACAUGACAGAAAAUCAGUUUCUCUCCAAAUUUACAGUUAGCCAGUCAGAGUCUUUAACUGUAUCUGUAACUGGAUCAAAAGAUAUUCCAUUCAAAUGCCGUUCCAAUGCUGAUAUUACCAAUCAAAAUUCACAAGACCAUUGUGUACGUGAACUGGGUUCAAGAUCAGUAUUCCAAUUUGGCUUCAAGAUCUCAGAGUCUAUGAUAAAUGAAGAAGAAGAGGAGGAUAAAGGGAGCUGCCAGGAUAUUAACCUGCUGUCUGUCACUCUGGGAAAGCAUGAAGAGGAGAAACCAGAAGAACAGGAUAAUGAAGAUACUUUGCAAAGGAGCUGCCCAGAUGUUAAUCUUUCUGUCACUCUGGAAAAGCGUGAAGAGGAAAAACCAGAAGAACAGGAUAAUGAGGAUUCUUUGCAGUUAGAUUCUCUUCUGUGGUGGGAAGGGGGUGAUUCAUCUCUCCCCUUUCGGACUGAUACAGCUGGGAGUUCAGACACAGAAACUUGUGUUUCAUAUACAGAGGAGGAAGAAAAUGGUUCUGAGUACUUAAGGCGUUAAAAUGACUGAUCUUAUUAUCAAUAUUACAUAAUGACAACAGUUAUAAUUUUUUUUUUAUUCUGUAUAAAAUUCUGUAUAAAAUUUUAUAAAAAUUAACAGACAGGUAAAAUAAAUUUUGGAUGUACUUUU